AUGUUUACAGGGGGCGGCAACGAAUUUCCCAACUCUGACAUACCUGAAGAUUGGGCCUGCGACACGCUCGAUCUUAUCGACAUCUACUCAUACAGUAGAGUGUCUGAUUUCCGCAACAGAGGGCCUAUUGCGCUGCAGCGCGCUCAGGACGCCGAUGAAAUCGUACUCUUCGAAGAAUUCGGCGCCACCGGUUCCAAUAAAUCGAGUGUCGUGGGCCAGCAUAUCGACGUCUUCAAUAAGCUUAAGAUACCAUGGAUGAUUUGGCAGAUCAACAAGCCGGCAAAAGGUGCGUCGGAAUCUUGA